CAAGAUUGCAUCAACUACUUUGAAGAAAGGAGAUGAAAGGGAAAAGUCAUCUCUCCCUUUGACCCUAAUUCAAAAGUCUAUAAAUGUGCUAAUAAUCGCUAUAAGUGUAAGAACACAAGCAAAUAUUUCACAGUCAAAACUGGCACCAUAUUUAGAAACUCCAACAUAUCUUUACAGAAGUGAUUUUUAUCCCUCUAUAUUCUUUCAACUUAUAAAAAAGGUUUCUCCUCUUGUCAAUUAG